UGGAUGUAUAUACAGUAUUUGCGUUUGUGCCUGAGUGAAAGUGUUUCAGAACUGUUUUGUAUUGUUUUGACUUCCUUGUUAUAUUACUUGUUUUGUUUAGUUGGAUUUUGCAUGGGGUUUUAGUGAGGGUAGAACUGGCACACAAUCACUUGUUUAAGUUAUUAUAUCUGUCUAUCGCACGUCAGCCUUCCAUACUGAGGAGCUGGGUUGUGGAAAUACGGAAUGAGACUGUAUGAAGGAGGUACCGAUUUCCGUUUUAAUAUGAGGAUUAUUUUUCACAUCUCUAGCUGGAGGAAAAAAGGAGGGGGAAAGAGAAGGGGAGGAGAACCUGUUGUCGGUGAUCUGGUUUAUUCUUUGUAACUAUCUUAUUAUUCUUGGCACUCAGGUAAAGGCGUGUCGCGAAGAAGUUACUGAUGGCUACCCGGUUACGUGAGUUUUCUUAUUAUACGCCUAUUUUACCUUGUCCCCGAAACCCCCUCGUGACGCAAUACUACCAUUUCAUGGGACACGGAAUAUGACGUCAGUUUAUGGGGCAGGUGAUGAACCCAUCGUAUGGAGUAGGCACUAUGACAUAUCUCAGUAAAAACGGCGGUUGCAUAAUUUGCCCAUUUCAUUUUUGUUGGCUUGACACGAAACUUUUCUUCCAAACAGAUACGGCAGGUACUUGGACAAUUUCGAAAGAAAAGGGUUCGAAACUCUUCUCAGCAGUGACAGCAACACCUUUUUCAAACGAGUAUUCGGGUACAAGAAGAUAGCAGAGAAAAUGCGCGGGGCAUUCCGUCAGAUCCUCAACGACACAGCUCUAAUGGAGAGAAUCCGAUCACUUGAACCAGACCUCAUGAUUUUAUUUAAUAUGCCAGGAGCGAGGGAGUUUGUCGUUCUGCCCUACGUUCUGGGCAUCAAGUUCGUCUUCCUGGGGCCUUACCACGAUCUGCACGGUUACAGAGUGCCGUUUGUGCCCUCAGCUUCGCCUUUCUUUCUCACACCAUUCGACGUCAAUGAGGAGCUAGAUCUCGGGCAGAGAAUCAAGAACACGCUACAGAACGUGGCCCUGUAUCUCAUCAACGAGUUCGUUCUCAGUGCAGAUUUGUUGUCCGAGUUUGCCCCAGCUAAACCGUGGAUGUCUGUUCCGGAUAUGAUGCUCAAAGCCGAGUUGUUCCUCGUUGAAAGUGACCAUAUUCUGGACGUGACGAAACCACUCUUGCCCAACACUAAACUGAUAGGAGGAACGGCAUCCUCACAAGCUCAACCUCUUCGAGACCCUUUCAAAAUAUUCGUGGAAAACUCCGAAAACGGCGUUGUUGUGGUUAGUUUCGGAAGCAGCAUUGUCAACUUACCUCAAGAAGUUGCGGACAAACUGGCGUCAGCGUUUCAACGAUUGAAUCAGACAGUAGUCUGGCGAGUAAAUAUGACGUCGUCAGAUCCGGGUAAGGUUAUGACCUCCAUGUGGCUGCCGCAGAAUGACCUUCUGGCACAAGCUCAGACGCGACUCUUCGUGUCUCACUGUGGGUCAAGCGGUCAGUACGAGGCUCUGUACCACGGAGUGCCUCUCUUGUGUCUACCGCUCUGCUGUGACCAAUACUAUAACGCAUACAGAUCAUCCAGUAAAGGCUUCGGUCUGACAGCAGACGUCUUCAGUACCACAGACGAUCAGCUGUACACAAUAAUGGCGGAGAUUCUCAACAAUGCCACGUACAGGGACAACAUUCGGAGGGCAUCCAAGCUGUUCCGAGAACUCUACAAAGAACCCCAAGCGGAAGCGGCCUUCUGGAUAGAUCACGUGAUGAAAUAUGGUGGCGGAUAUAUGAGGUGGGCGGGGCAGGACAUCCCGCAGUGGCAGUUUUUAGGAUUGGAUGUGUUAGCGUGUGCUGUUGGUUGUGUUGUUGUGAUCGUGUCAGUUGUGCGGGUGGUGAGUAGGAUGUGUUUGGGGAUCUCUUGUAGGAGGGAGAGAAAAUUGAAGUCUGAGUAAAGAUUAAAGCGUGUUUGUACAUGUGUGUGCAUGUGUAUGUGUGUGUGUGUGUGUGUGUGUGUGUGUGUGUGUGUUUGUGUG